GAGGGCUGCUAUAAAGGCCGGUUCCCUGUUGCUCGCUCCCAUUCUUUCUGUUUUUUCAGCAGGUUUGAUCUGCAGGGGAUACUCCGGUAUGAUACUCCUAUUUACGGCCACCUUUACCAUCUUGGUGCUGUCCACCCUGGACCAGGUGGAGUCUUCAGCGUAUGACAAGAUAGUCACACACAGUCGCAUCAGGGCUAAAAAUGAAGGGCCCAAUGUGUGCGCUUUACAGCAGGUCAUGGGGACCAAGAAAAAGUACUUCAGCACAUGCAGGAAUUGGUACAACAAAUCCAUCUGUGGCAAAAAGGCGAUGGUCUUAUAUGAGUGCUGUCCGGGUUAUAUGAAGUUAGAAGGGAAGCAUGGGUGCCCUGCAGUGGCUCCUAUUGACACUGUUUAUGGCACCCUGGAUCUGGUGAAUGCCAAGAUCACCAAGAAAUACUCGGAUCAAUCCAAAAUGAAGGAAGAACUUGAUGGAGCGGGAACUUACACAAUGUUUGCGCCCAGCGACGAUGCUUGGACAGAGUUAGAUCCAACAUCGAAAGCUGCCUUGGUCAGCAGUGGAAACAUUGAGCUCCACAAUGCACUCCACUAUCACAUGGUCAACAAACGUCUUCUCACCAAGGACCUGAAGAAUGAUAUGACUCUAGAGUCCAUGUAUAACAAACAAGGCCUCUAUAUCAAUCAUUACUCAAAUGGAGUUGUCACCGUGAACUGUGCCAGGAUCAUUCACGGCAACCAGGUGGCCACUAAUGGCGUUGUUCAUGUCAUUGAUCGGGUCAUCAGCGUCGUAAAAAAAACGAUCAAGGACGUGAUCGAAACCGACGACGAUCUGGCUUCACUUAGUGCAGUUGUUUUGAGAUCAAGUCUCCAGGAUCAACUGGGAAAGCCCGGACACUACACACUUUUUGCUCCAACCAACAACGCCUUUGGAAAAAUAGACAGAGAUGUCUUGGAGAGACUUAUGGGUGACACAACUGUACUUCAAGCCCUUUUGAAGUACCACCUUCUGAACUCAGUGCAGUGCUCUGAGGCCAUAAUGGCGGGCUCCGUCUAUGGGACUCUUGAAGGCAGCAAUAUUGAGAUUGGAUGUGAUGGUCAGAGCCUUACAGUCAAUGGUAUCAAGAUGGUGCUGAAGAAGGACAUUGUCACCAGCAAUGGGGUGAUUCAUCUGAUAGACCAGGUGCUCAUGCCUGACUCAGCCAAGCAGGUGAUGGAGCUUAUAGGCAAAUCUCAGAGCGUCUUUAGUGACAUGGUGUCUGAGCUCGGCCUGUCUGCUGCCAUGCAGCCUGAAACUGAAUAUACUAUUCUUGCCCCACUGAAUGGAGCCUUCUCUGAUGAGGUAAUCACCAUGGAUCAGCGUCUUCUGAAGAUUAUUUUGGAAAACCACAUUGUGAAAUUCAAGCUCUCACUGAGUGACCUCUACAACGGCCAGCUGCUCGAGACCCUGGGAGGAAAACUGCUCAGAGUCUUCAUUUAUCGCACGGCUGUGUGUAUUGAGAAUGCAUGUAUGGUCAGAGGCAGCAGAGAGGGCAGUAAUGGAAUCCUUCACAUCAUGCGAUCACUGAUUAAGCCACCCGAGAAAACCAUCUACGAGCUGCUCGUGAAAGAUGGACGCUUCAAAAUCUUCCUGUCUCUGAUGGAGAGUGCUGAACUGUUAGAUCUCCUAAAGCAGGAAGGAAUGUACACACUCUUUGCUCCCACCGAUGCUGCCUUUGGGACCCUGACAGAGGAAGACAUCGCUCUUCUGAAAAGCGACAUCAACGUCCUCAGGGCGAUCUUGCUCUACCACUUUAGCAGUGGCGUCUUUAUUAAUGGAGGCUUGGAGGGUGGAGUGACUAAUCUUCUCAAGACCAUUCAGGGCAACAACCUUCAAGUGCUGUCUGUUAACAACUCCAUCAAUGUAAAUUCUGUGGAGGUUCCAGAUUUUGAUCUUAUGGCAUCCAAUGGAGUGGUCCAUGUAGUGAAGACCAUAUUAUAUCCUCAAGAUCUGCCAGUUGGCCGUGAAGACAUAUUGAUUCUGCUGAAGAGACUCAUUAAAUACAUGCAGCUGAAGUUUGUAUCUGGAUACACCUACCGUGAGAUUCCACUUACAUUUAUCAAGAAGACUAUAACCACACAUGUCAUUGAGAAAGGUCCAAGCAUCACCAAAGUUACACGAGUAAUUGAGGGAGAUCCAAGCGUCACCAAAGUUACACGAGUGAUUGAAGGAGAUCCAAGCAUCACCAAAGUUACACGAGUGAUUGAGGGAGAUCCAAGCGUCACCAAAGUUACACGAGUGAUUGAGGGAGAUCCAAGCGUCACCAAAGUUACACGAGUGAUUGAAGGAGAUUCAAGCGUCACCAAAGUUACACGAGUGAUUGAAGGAGAUCCAAGCGUCACCAAAGUUACACGAGUUGUUAAAGCGAAGCCAUCCGUUACAAAGGACACAAGGUUCAUUGAAAUUCACAGUGCCUCAUCUGAUGGUGAAAUCGAUGCUGAGGCAGAAAUCAAGAGAAUUGCAGGCGAAGGUAUAACCAAGGUGGAGACAUUUCAGAAUGGUGACGUACACAUCCUCCGGGAGGAAGAUAUCCAACAAAUUACUGAUGCAAUCACUCAAGGAGGCGGACCAGGGAUCACCACUAUAACUAGAGUAGUCAAACCAGGAGUCCAGGUUGUUGAAACUGAACCAGGGGUUACCACCUUGACUAGAGUGAUUAAGAAAGACUCUCAUGUGAUUGAAGGUGCAACAGGGGACACCAUUAUUCAAUCAGAACCACGGAUCAUUAAAGGACCAGAUUUCUCAAAGAUUGUAGGAGGUCCAGACCUCCUUGAAUCGGAAUCAGAGAGAAUCACCAGAAUCAUCAAGGAGGGCCGUUCUAAAAAACGAGCUGCCGUCAGACGACCACAAGGAUUAAGGCGAAGACUGGCCAGGCGUCACUCCAGACCCAGACAGUGAGAUGAAUGGAGGCUGACUCUACCUGAAGAUCCAGCUAAAGUGAAAGACAGGGUUGUAGAAUAGUGUGAAUACACUUUUACUACACACCGCAUUGAAUGUUUACACAUUACAAACCAAUGCAGUAAUAUCUUGGAUCUGUGCGGCACACACCCCACUUCAACUCAGAUAAGGGGUACUUGAAAUGGUGGUGGUUAUAAAGAGAGACAUUGGUAAUUUUAGUUUGUUUUUUAGGCUGUUUAUAUUGUUUCUUUAAAUAUAUAUACUGUAUGAGCCUUGUCAUUGAGCUUGUCGUGCACAUGAUAUUUUGUGGUGCUUGCAUUCAGAGACAUGAAUGCAUUUUAUAAAUAAGGAUCAGCAAAGCUUUGGCUGUUGAGUUCACUUUAAAUUAUGCAGCUUGUAACUAUCCAUUUCUAAUUUUCUGUUCAUUUUUUAUGAAUUUGUUCACGUCUAUGUUUUUUUAAUUUCUUUUUUUUAAAUAGACGGGAUUUUUCAAAUUGUAGAAAUUCAAAUCAUUACAUUGAAAUAAGCCUCAGUGGUGUUAAAAAAUAAAAAAAAUUCUUCUUACAGCA